AUGAAGCGUAAUGCUUCAUUUGCCCCAAUUGGGGUGUGGCCAGGGAUGCAGCCCUUCUCCAAGUGCAUCCGUGGGCCCGUGCCCCGUGCCUUGGGCGCCAAGCCUCGGGACAGGUGGGCGCGUUCGCUCGCAAAGCAGCCAGCGUCAGUUCCAGCCUGUCCACAGCCGGGCCAUGUUCCCGGCACUCCUAACUUGGGCCCCGCACUUCCGCACAACCGCCCUGACCCUGUCGAUCCCCUUGUCGCCAUGGCGCCACCCAGGGUGGACCAGCGCUUUGGGUGUUGGUGGCCCGCCGGCAUCAAGGGGCCCGCGAAAAACUGCUUGACGCCCCCCUCUCGGCCAGGGAGUCCCAGACAGAGCCAACACCUCUGCCGGUUCGGCCCCCCUCAGUCCCAUCCUUCCGCUGCUUUGUGCCACGCGUCGCAAGGAGACCCCAUUGCCAGCCCCGGGCCGUCCUCCCGCCAGCACCAGCCGGGCGACGAAUGGACCAUCAGGUCCAUGAGGCGCCAGGAGGCCAAGACAGUCGCGAUUCUCCAGGCCCAGGCCUUCCACACGCCAGCCGCCAUCAAGCCCCUGGACGGCCUGCUGUACUUCCUCUUCCAGGCGGAGGUCCUGGACUCCCUGCUGGUCAAGCUGCACUACAACCCGUCGGACAUGUUCGCGGUCCUGGUGGCCGAAUCCCCCCUGGGCGCCAUCCUGGGCGUCGUGGAGGUGUCCGUGCAGAGCGACCCGGCCGUCCUGGGCCGCAUGCCCGACGCGACGUCCUACGCCUACGUGAGCAGCAUGGCGGUGCAGCCGGCCGACCGGCGGCGGGGGCUGGGAUCGGCCCUGCUGUCAGCGGCGGAGGCGGUGGCGGAGGGCUGGGGCGAGGGGCCGCUGGCGCUGCACGUAUACAGCGACAACGAGGGCGCCGUGCGGCUGUACGCAGGCGCGGGGUACAGGGAGGUGGCGCGGGAGCGGCGCAUGGGGCUGCUCCCGCUGGGCCCUGAGGCCCCCAGCCGGAUCCUCAUGCGCAAGGAGACGGAGGCAAGCAUGGAAGCGCAGGAGUGA